ACACGAUAAAAAUGCCAAGUGCGUCGUUCACAUCGUCGCGCAAUUACGUGCGAAGAUCCCGAAGGAAAGGUGCAAACAGGAUUCCUCUGCCUUCGAGAACCACCUCGGCCGAGCCAUGCGAUUUGCCAUGUUCAGCAUCAAAUCAGAUACCUCCUGGUGGUGGAGUUGGUGGUGGAGGAGGAGGCGGAGGAGGUGGAGGUGGGGGUGGAAGCGGUGGAAGAGGAUCAUCACCUAGUGUUUCUGGUGUUGCAGCACCAUCACCUUCCCCAUCACAUUCUCAUUCGUCCCCAUAUGAUUUAAGACGUAAAAGUCCUCCUCAUCCGGAUCCUGCUCCUGGUACCAGCUCUGCCCUACCUCCUUCAGGUGGCAGUAGUAUAGGAGCCACUCUUGGUUCUUCCUCAUUACCAGCAAGAAAGCGGCCCAGGCGGACUUGUUCAUUAUCCACAGAUGGUACAAACACAAAUUCUGCAGCACAUUACCUUCAAUAUGAAUUACCAGAUGAAGUGCUGCUUACUAUAUUUAAUUAUUUAAUGGAACAGGAUCUAUGUAGAGUUUCUCAGGUUUGCAAACGUUUUCAAACAAUUGCAAAUGACACUGAACUAUGGAAAUCCCUCUAUCAACAAGUUUAUGAAUAUGACUUACCACUAUUUAAUCCUGCACCUUGUAAAUUUGAAUUUGUAUCUCCGGAUGAGUCAGACUAUCCAAAUCCAUGGAAAGAAAGCUUUAGACAAUUAUACAGAGGAGUACACGUUAGACCUGGAUUUCAGGAUUUGAAAUUCAAAGGUCGAAAUUUGCCAUACUUUAAUACAGUUCAGGGAGCAUUAGAUUAUGUAGAUGAAUAUAGAAGCAAUAGCGGUUCCUCGUCAAAUAAUAGCACAACUACAAAUGGUCAAGGGAAUUGCUGUGGAAACAAUUCCCAGACAGCAGAAGAAGCACCUCAACAUUUAGUUUUCUUACAUGCUGGGAUAUAUAGAGGCGAAUUUCUUGUAAUCGACAGUGAUGUUGCAUUAAUUGGAGCAGCACCCGGAAACGUGGCAGAAUCUGUUAUAUUAGAACGAGAAAGUGAAUCUACAGUUAUGUUUGUAGAAGGAGCAAAACGAGCUUAUGCCGGCCAUCUCACAUUAAAGUUUACCCCAGACGUUACUAGUACAGUACCGCAUCAUAAACAUUAUUGUUUAGAAGUUGGCGAAAACUGCAGUCCCACGGUUGAUCAUUGUAUUAUUAGGAGUUCAAGUGUUGUUGGAGCAGCUGUUUGCGUAUCGGGCGUAGGAGCAAAUCCUGUAGUGAAGAAUUGUGACAUAUCGGAUUGCGAAAACGUUGGACUUUAUGUCACUGAUUAUGCACAAGGAACUUAUGAGGAUAAUGAAAUUUCUAGAAAUGCAUUAGCAGGUAUUUGGGUGAAGAACUAUGCAAAUCCAAUCAUGCGAAGGAAUCAUAUUCAUCAUGGAAGAGAUGUCGGAAUCUUCACGUUUGAUAAUGGUCUUGGAUAUUUCGAGUCUAACGAUAUUCAUAAUAAUCGAAUAGCAGGUUUCGAAGUAAAAGCUGGUGCUAAUCCAACGGUUGUACAUUGUGAAAUACACCAUGGUCAAACAGGCGGAAUUUAUGUUCAUGAGAAUGGUUUAGGACAAUUUAUCGAUAACAGAAUCCAUUCAAAUAAUUUCGCCGGCGUUUGGAUUACCUCCAAUUCAAACCCGACUAUUCGUAGAAAUGAUAUUUAUAAUGGUCAUCAAGGAGGAGUAUAUAUAUUUGGAGAGGGAAGAGGCUUGAUCGAACAUAAUAAUAUUCAUGGCAAUGCAUUAGCUGGUAUACAGAUCAGAACAAAUUCGGAUCCUAUUGUUAGACAUAAUAAAAUACAUCAUGGUCAACAUGGUGGUAUAUACGUACAUGAAAAAGGACAAGGUUUAAUCGAAGAAAACGAAGUAUAUGCGAAUACUUUAGCAGGUGUUUGGAUAACUACAGGAUCAACACCGGUAUUAAGAAGAAAUCGUAUCCAUAGUGGAAAACAAGUUGGAGUUUAUUUUUAUGAUAAUGGACAUGGAAAACUAGAAGACAAUGAUAUUUUCAAUCAUUUGUAUUCAGGAGUACAAAUAAGGACUGGAAGUAAUCCAGUAAUACGUGGGAAUAAAAUAUGGGGUGGACAAAACGGUGGCGUUCUUGUGUAUAAUAGUGGAUUAGGCUUACUCGAACAAAAUGAAAUUUUUGAUAAUGCAAUGGCAGGUGUUUGGAUUAAAACAGAUAGUAAUCCUACAUUAAAAAGAAACAAAAUAUUCGAUGGACGAGAUGGUGGAAUUUGUAUAUUUAAUGGCGGUAAAGGUGUUCUUGAAGAAAAUGAUAUAUUUCGUAACGCUCAAGCAGGAGUGCUAAUUUCUACACAAUCACACCCUGUCUUAAGGAGAAACCGAAUUUUUGAUGGAUUAGCAGCCGGUGUUGAAAUAACAAACAAUGCAACGGCAACAUUGGAAUUUAAUCAAAUUUUCAAUAAUAGAUUCGGUGGUCUAUGCUUAGCAAGUGGAGUACAACCAACAACUAGAGGCAAUAAAAUAUUUAAUAACCAAGAUGCAGUUGAGAAAGCAGUUGGAAAUGGCCAAUGUUUAUAUAAAAUUUCGUCGUAUACCUCCUUUCCCAUGCACGAUUUCUAUCGUUGCCAAACAUGCAAUACAACAGAUCGUAAUGCAAUUUGCGUGAACUGCAUAAAAACCUGUCAUGCUGGGCACGAUGUGGAAUUCAUUAGACAUGAUCGAUUUUUCUGUGACUGUGGCGCUGGAACAUUAAGUAAUCAAUGUCAACUUCAGGGUGAACCUACACAAGAUACAGAUACAUUGUAUGAUAGUGCAGCACCAAUGGAGUCACAUACACUUAUGGUCAACUAGGAACUAACGUAAACUAAAUAAAACAAUCAAUCGACACUGAAUCUGUAAGUCCAACAUAUUGCAAACAAGGAGUAAUUUGUUGCAGAGUUCUUUAUUAUGACACUUGUUCCUUCGUGUCCCCCCAUUGUGAUUGUUAUUUUGUAAAGCUAUGGUUAUUGUUAACAUAUUCCAAUUAACGAUAAUUUCAUUAUCAUCACUAUUAUUAUUAUCACUGCUAUUAUCGUUAUU